AUGUGGUGCUUGUUCAGGCAGACGGUGUUGAAGCACUUGCUCCUGAAAGCGGACAUUUGGCCUGAGAGACUGACAACCUUGCAGAAGUGCUUGCUGGCUUUCGAGUUCCACAAGCAGAAGGCUUUGUUCGAUGAAGAUGAGCGAGGUCUGUGGAUCGACACCAGCAUGCUCAGAAAAGAGGAGAAGGAUUACGUCUUUGUUGCCAUGUGCGAUACGCUUCACCGCUACAUGGACGCGCAUCAUCGAGUCUAUCCCGCAGACAUGGCGGCUGCCGUGCAAGAGGCACUUGUGCGGUGCCGGCGCGCGCGGCGCAAGCGGGCGGUGCGGUUAGAGCAGCUGGAGCGGGAGCAUCGGGAGCACAAGGCCAUGGGCCGCAAAGGCUGCCUGUCCCGCAUCAUCCGCUGGCAGCGGUUGAUGAGUGUGUCGGUGUACGGAGCAGACAGGCAAGAGCCACGCCGGGGCCGCAGCUGCUGGGGGCCCCGGAAAGAGACCGAGCGAAGGGCUUGCUUCCGCCUGGGUGUGCGUGCCUGUGGGGCCAUUGGUUUCGUCGAGAUCCGUGCGCAGAUUCACAGCAGAAGUGGGGCCCUUGUUGGGUAUCUCCUAGUGGCACCUCUGGGCGGCACCUUUGCCCUGCAGGCGACGUUGGCUGGCACGUCCGCAUGCCGCACCCCAAUCGCCGGAAAAGACCGCAAUCGCCGGCUUCAGCCGAUGGUGCUUACUCUUGCUGGAUUCGGACGGCACCGCAGCGUGCGGCAUCGCGUGGUUGCGCGACCCUGUGACGAUUCUCAGGCGGAGGUUCCAACAAAAUAUCUCCUGCUUGAGACUGACUUGGGCAGCAUCAAAAUGAUACUUCGCCCGGAUUCAGCGCCGCGAACGGUGGAGCAUGUUUGCCGUUUGGUGGAUGCCGGCUUGUAUGACGGUUGCUACUUUUACCGCUCGGACUUUGUAUUGCAGUGGGGCCUUUGGCUCCCUGAGGAGACCGAGGUCGAGAACCCAUAUCCGGAGCUAGCGGAGAAUGAAACCAACAUCGGGACCUUCAUAUCCAAUCAAGCUGGCACUGUCUCCAUUGCACACGGUAUUGGUGUCAACGGCAAUUCCGACAUCUUCAUCAACCUGCAGGAGAACAGCUACUUGGACACCAUGUCUAUGGGCUUUUGCGUCUUUGCGCAGUUGGCCGACGCGGACAGCCGCAGGGUGGCGAAAGAAGUGGCUGCAGCGGUGGAGGAGAGGAAGCCUGCAUCUAUCGUGAGCCAGGGCCAACGAGAACAGUUUCCGCUUGCAGCGCUGAUGCGGAAGAGCUACGACAAGUUUUGCGGCAGUUGGGAUGAGUUUAGAGCCGUGGUCGUAGAUGAGCCACAAUCAAAACCCGAGUAG